AUGAAAGGAGGGAAAUCUACGUCAUUGCGAUCAUCACAUGCCGAAACAGCGCCUCCAAGUGCAGAGAAGCCUUUGAGGAAGAGUGAACGCUCAGUUGGUGGUCCGAAGAAAUCCCCAGCUGCUAUUGGAAUUAUCGGUUCACCACUAGUCUCUUCACGCAGGGUGCCAGGAAGAUUUGAGAACAACCUCUUUGGUACCACCAGAUCAAAGCGGAAAGAUCGACCCGAAGGAGUUACAAAGCCUCAGGCAUCCAGGAAAGGGAAGCUGAAGCUGAGUCGAUUCGUGAAACACGACGCCAUAGCCACGGCAUUAAGAGAUGUUGAGCAACAAGCAACGCAGAAAACAUCAAAGGAAAGCACCACAGCACCCAAGGCUGACACCCGAAGGGAACGAAGGACUCAGCCUAGGAAAAGCAACUCUAAGCCCUCCUCACAGAGCCGACCUCAGGGGAUCAUAAAGUCUCAGGCUCGUAAAAAAGGCAACGGAGGAAGACCACCUCGAGCCGCAAAAAUAAACGCUUUAGCGAGGGAAGCCGUUCUCUAG